AUGGAUUCUUCAGAGACAUCGCCACUCCUCUCUCCUGUCAAGAGUCACCAGGAUGAACCAACACGGAUCAAGCGCGAAAAGGCACGUCCGGCCGUCAUCGUCUUGCUCCUCUUACUCUACACCGUAUUCCUAGACCUCGGCUUCUACCUAAUGGAGCCGGCACAAACCCGCAUAUUGGAGCGCAUCUACUGCCGUGAAUACUACGAAAAGCAUGACCCAAGCCUCAUCGGGAGCGAUGGCCGAGGCGGCGUUGAUGAGAAGUGGUGCAAAGUGAGCUGGGUCCAGGGCGAGGUAGCCAUGCUCAAGGGCUGGCAACUGACGUUUGACGGCACAGGAAUGUUGAUCUUCUCCAUCCCAUGGGGCUAUGCCGCAGACGUAUACGGUCGAAAGCCCGUCAUUGUGCUUGUGAGUGUGGCACUCCUGGUCAAACACAGCUAUAUGCAACUCGUCAGCUAUCUCGACGGAGCCAUACCACUCCAAUGGAUCUGGUUGUCGGCACUGCACGCUAUUUUCGGCGGCGGCGUGCCCGUCAACACCGCUCUCACACACACCAUCGUCUCUGACGUGGUUGCAGAGGGAAGCAGGGUGACGAUUUUCUUCCAGCUUAUGGCUGUGGGCAUCGCGGCGGAAUUCCUCGGCUCCCUUGGUGCCGCCGCACUCAUGAGCUGGAACCCGUGGAUACCCAUGAUUCUCGCCAUUUUCAUCAAAGUGGCUGGUAUUGGUAUACUGCUGUUCAUCCCGGAAACACUGAAUUACAACGCUAGUGAACCUGAUGCUGCGCCCGCCGAGGAAGCAACUGCGCAGCCUUUAGAGUGGUGGAGGUGUUGCCAGAAUGCACUCAGCCAUAUUCUGAGCUCGAUAUCCUUCCUGGCAUCUAAUAGGAAGCUUUUGUUAAUAAUUUCCCCCUUCACAGCUGAUCCGCUUUUCAACCAGGAAAUUCUGCGUCUAUACAUCUCGACGCAUUAUAAGCAAACCCUCGCGUACGCUACAAUGAUGAUAUCCAUUCGCUCCGGCUGCAUCUUAUUCCUCAACCUCUUCAUCCUACCCGUCUUGAACAGGCACUACCAGAAAUUAUGGGGCCCUAGACAAUCUGACUUGCUUCUCGCACGCGCCAGCGCAGCAAUCAUGUCUCUGAGCUUGCUGGGGCUCGGCGUGGCGCCCAAUCGACCGCUCUUGGUCUCAGCUCUGCUUAUCAAUUCUCUUGGAUGGGGAAUGCUGCCCCUGGUCAGAAGCUUGGCGACGAGUCUAGUGGAGCACCACAAUGUUGCGCGGCUGAAUAGUCUUAUCGGUGUGGUUGAUAUAGUUGGCCGGAUAGCGGGGAGCCCUCUCAUGGCUCUGUUGUUUGCAAAAGGAGUCGAGACUGGGGGCACGUGGGCUGGCUUGCCCUUUAUAUUCUACUCCGGAGUUGUUUUGAUUCUGCUAGUGGGAUUGAUGCACGUUUCUGUAUAA